CGUAGAAGGCGUGAUGUUGUCCUCUCCACGACGACCUGAAGAUUUAUUUUCAGCGGGUAGUUGUAGCAGUAGCACGACCGGGGAGAUUAACUGUGCAGCGAAACAGGAGUCGACAAGAACCUCCUGGAAAAUCGUCGCGGCUAACAACCUAUCAAAUGCAAAAAUGUCUGGGUCUGGAAAGAAGGCGACUUGUCAUGCAGCUUUUCCAUGACCCAUGAGGUCUGGAAUGCAGGACCUAGCAUGACACAUUCUGUGCGAUCAAUCUCUCUCAUGCUUAUUCUGCAUGAGAAACUCCCGCCCGACUUGGUCAAAACUGGACGACUUUUGGUACUCAUGCAACACAGAUUUUUGCUUGCUUCAUUUUUAGCAUGACAUUCUUCCAGACCCAGAUACUUUUACAUUUGAUACAACCACGCUGUUCGGACUGUGGAUGAAGCAAACCCAGAUGUCGUUACCGCCACGCCGAGCCAAAACGCGUUGAGCUUUCUCCUCGAACAGGAAAUGAAGCAGGACAAAGAAAUCAUGCGCGUGGUGAGGGAAACUACGUGUUCAUCUUCAUCAGCUUCGAGGACCAAGGUAGACCAGGAAAAAAUAGACUCUGUGGUAGCGGAAACGGUGAAACGGUACUUGGCUAACUAUUCAGA